GGCAUCCAUUGUGCUAAUUAUGCACUCGAUUACCACUGGUUAUUCAAUCACUUUGCAAACUCAGUAUACUCAUUUAUCCUCCGACUCUUUGUUAGAUUAAGCUGUCCAUCCAUGUCUGAAUCCCCUCUCCUUGAAGACCCUCCAACAUCAUCCAGUAGGAGCACUGGCCAAGAAGCUGGUGGUGGUCUUCCAUUGCGAAAGAUCCCAGGUGAUUAUGGACUCCCUUUUUUUGGUCCUUUAUUCGAUCGACUUUGCUUUUUCUACUGUCAAGGUCAAGAAAAAUACUUCAAGUCUCGAAUUCAGAAAUAUCAAUCCACCGUACUUCGAGCCAAUAUGCCACCAGGUCCCUUCAUUUCAUCAAACUCUAAGGUGAUUUCCCUUCUUGAUUCCAAGAGCUUUCCAAUCCUUUUCGAUGUCUCUAAGGUAGAGAAGAAAGAUGUUUUCACUGGUACGUACAUACCUUCCACCAAACUAACCGGUGGUUACAGAGUCCUUGCAUAUCUCGAUCCGUCUGAACCGAAUCAUUCCAAGCUUAAACAGCUACUGCUCUCCCUUAUUCAUUCACGUAGGGAGUUUAUAAUUCCAGAGUUUAGAAAAAGUUUCGGUGAGUUGUUCGAUACUCUUGACAGUAAUAUUGCUGCCAAAGGUAAGGCCAACUUUGAUGCUCCAACUGGUGGUCUAAAUGAGAAGACAUGUUUUAACUUCCUAGCUCGUUCCUUGCUCUCAACAAACCCCGAUGAAACAGAGCUCGGUAGUGGCGGUGCAGCAUUGAGAUCCCUUAUAUGGCUUUUUUUCACAAUCCAUCCAAUUGUUUCAGUUGGCUUACCUUGUUUUAUAGAAGAUCCACUUUUCCACAUCAUUCGUCUGCCUCCAUGUAUGAUAAAGUGCUGUUAUCAGAAGCUAUACAAUUUCUUCUACAAACAUGCUAGUGGGUUUCUCGAUGAAGGUGAGAAGAUGGGUAUGAAAAGAGACGAAGUCUGCCAUAAUAUUCUUUUUAUUGUGUGCUUUAAUGCCUUCAGCGGAAUGAAGGUCCAUUUCCCAAACAUCAUAAAAUGGGUCAGUCGCUUAGAUGCAAAGGUACAGAAGCAGUUAAUAGACGAGAUAAGAUCAGCAGUAAAGUCCAGUGACGGAAACGUGACGAUGAAAGCCAUUGAAGAGAUGCCACUGGUGAAGUCAGUGAUUUAUGAAGUUAUGAGGAUAGAUCCAGCAGUGCCGUACCAGUAUGCUAAAGCCAAAAAAGACUUGGUGAUAGAAAGCCAUGAAUCAUCGUUUGAAGUUAAACAAGGGGAGAUGUUGUUUGGGUAUCAGCCAAUCGUGACCAAAGAUCCUAAGAUCUUCGAGAGAGCUGAAGAAUUUGUAGCAGACAGGUUUGUAGGAGCCGAGGGAGAGAAGCUCUUGAAGUAUGUGGUGUGGUCUAAUGGACCUGAGACUGAAGGUCCAACGGUGGACAACAAACAGUGUGCAGGGAAGGAUCUAGUGGUGUUGUUCUCAAGGCUUUUAGUGGUGGAGUUAUUUCUCCGGUAUGACUCAUUUAAGGUUGAACUAGGAUCCUCACUACUGUGUCCUCAAGUUACGUUCACUUCUCUUAAGAAAGCUAGUUCUGAGGGUUAGGAUAGAAGCAAAAUACAGAGAACUUUUUCUUGCCUACUGGGCAUGCACAGUCUGCAAGGGGUUCCGUUUUGCUGCGCUAAUAAGGAGGAGGACAGAUCAUUAUAGAGCUGUCGUUACCAUGUCUUACGGGUUUAUGCCAUAUUUGCUUUGUUUGUAAUCGCAUUCUUGGUGGGACGGCAUUUUUCAUAUUUUUGUGGCUUAUCUUUAUGGCUGGCUUUGCUUUAUAGUUCUUUCCCUAAAUAUAAAGGCAUGUUUUGCUGUGUUUGUUCUGGAAAUAAACAGUUUGACGUUUGGUAAAGGGUAAACGAUAAUAUGUAAAGUAUUGUGAAAAUGCUAAACUGAUGUUUGGUAAAUUGUAUUAUUGAAAUGCUAUUUGGUAUGAUUAAUAACGAAAUAAUAAACAAGUUGGGAAUAUUAUUUUUAA